CCAUGUUCUUCUGAGUCAGGAUGACAGAUUGGCAGAAGAGAGUCAGGAACAAAGUCUGUGACUAAAAAAACGAUGGUUUAACUCUGCUUUUCGGAGUAUGACCGAGAGAUUAUUUUUUUUAAAGCCACGGAACGUUUAGGACGGCGGAGGGUUUUCGUUUUUUUUAAAAUUUGAAACAGAGUCGUUCCGAUUUUUACAGCGAGAUCGGUAUUUCCUAAUGUUACAGCGCGAUAUAUUUUGGUUUUCCAAUGGCGUAGGGACCUUUUAUAAAGGCAGAUCUUUUUACAUAUUUGGGGUCAAUGGGGGCCCUCCGAUCAAAUCUAUAACCACAUCCAGUCUGUUUUGAGAAACCUGCCUUUUAACGGGGGAAGAAAAAAAUACACACAGAAUAAAUGUGAAAUAGAAUAACACAUUUCAACAUUUCUUUCCUGCCUCUGAACGGAGAGUUGUGAUACCAACGGAAUUUAGUAACUAGGUGUUUUUGGACGUUUAACUGAUUGUCGAAGACUCAUAAUUUACAGUCUACUACGUUUAAAAGACAACGAAAUAGUAUUUAUUUCCUUCCGUGAAGCGCUACUGUGGAUGGAUUCCAAGAUGACAGGCUCUACCCCCGCGGACAUGAUUAACCUACGUCUCAUCCUGGUCAGUGGGAAGACGAAAGAGUUCCUGUUCACCCUCAACGACUCGGCCGCGGACAUCGCCAAACACGUUUACGACAACUGGCCAAUGGACUGGGAGGAGGAACAGGUUAGCAGUCCUAACAUCCUGAGGCUCAUCUACCAGGGCCGUUUUCUACAUGGAAACGUCACGCUAGGAGCUCUCAAAUUACCCUUGGGAAAAUCCACAGUGAUGCAUUUAGUUGCCAGAGAGACAUUGCCUGAGCCAAACUCCCAAGGUCAGAGAAACAGAGAGAAGACUGGAGAGAGUAACUGCUGUGUCAUCCUGUAAAUACCCACCUCCCUCCCUCUUUAAUCAUCCCCCCAUCCAUCCACCCCCAUCACGCCAUCCUGGAUCCCAACCAACACACUGGCUGUCCUGUCCUGCAGUCUCUCUAUCAUGCUGCUACACACACACACACACACACACACACACACACACACACACACACACACACACACACACACACACACACACACAGCCACACACACACACACACACACAGCCACACACACACACACACACAGCCACACACACACACACACACACAGCCCACCCAUUUAUGCUUUGUAUCUCACAUAGUGCAGCAAAGCAUUGACGUGCCUGAUAAAAACACACACGUUCUCCUGUGUGUGGAGAGGUUUCCCCCUCUAUCACUUCUGUCCUUAAAUCUUCCACUAGUUCAUGGAUGGAUAAACUACUGUUUUUUUUUUUUACCUCACCAAGGUUCCAACCAAUGACUGAAUAACAAACAAACAACAAACCAACCAACCAACAACCUCGUUGUUGUUUGGCCAUAAUAACAUGUCGUUGACUGUGUUUUGACAGUCAGUCCUUUGCUCCUUCUGUCAGAUCGCUCAUCCUUCCUGAACUAGGAGGAAGAAAGACAGAAUGUCCCUCCUCCAUCUUUCCUUUUCUCUCUGAACGAGGGUACUAGGAACAAGGAGGAAGAAAGACAGAAUAUCCCUCUUCCAUCUUUCCUUUUCUCCCUGAACGAGGGUACUAGGAACAAGGAGGAAGAAAGACAGAAUAUCCCUCUUCCAUCUUUCCUUUUCUCUCUGAACGAGGGGAAACAAAGACAGAAUAUCCAUCCCUCCUCUCUUUUCUACGACCAAAGUUUAGGGUGUCAAUCAAAAACACCUCUUUUAAACAUUGGGUAAAAUAAUAUGUUAAUUGUGUUAGAUAAUCCUCUAAGAAAACCAAUAGUCCAAACCUCACGAUUCGUUUUAAAAGUUAUUUGACUUUUUUUUUACCAUAGUAGGAUGGUCAGAAUUAGGGUGACUAAAAUCAACAGAGGCCAGAGAAACAAAAAGGGGUCAGAAAUCAUGAAAAUGCCACAACAUGGCGUCAGCUAGGCAAGAUGCUGUCUGAGAAUGGAAGGCUACCUGACAGGAUCACUUUUCCCCUUGAACUCAUCUUUUCUUUCCAAUCCGCAGGACAUAAAACCAUAUAGAAGCAAGAUAGAUAUCGGUUUUGAGACAUGACAUGUAGUAUUUUCAUAUUUUAGUGUACGCUUUUCAUAUUCAUUCAAAAUUUAUCUUUUUUUUUGUUCUUUUUUUUUUUUUAAAGAUUUUUGACAAAAAUGCAAACGAGUCUCUGAAAUGCCAACGGAGCACUUGGACGUAUACCAAGCUUUUAAAUAAAAAAUUAAAUAUUUUCAAAUCUUUUUGACAUUUAAUUCAGCUCGUGUCACGUCUAAUUUCGUUUUUUUUCUCGACCUGUAGAAACAACUUGGUAGACGACAACAACCACAACAUUUUAAAUCCUCAAAAGUUGUUACCACACUCGGCAGAGUGUUUAUUAUGGAUGGAUUAGGCUACGAAAUCAGACUUAAUAAUAAUAAUAAUAAUAUAUAUAAUGAGCGAUUCAGAACAUGAAUAAUCAUAUUUGUCUUGGUAAAAUGUAUUUUAUAACAUAAGGAAGUGAAAUUUCAUGACCAAAAGCGUGUUAGGACAUUCUUCAUAGUGUAGUUCUCAGUCUUGAACUCUACGAUAAGGUAAAGAAACCAAUCUGGAAUAAAGUGUUAUUUUCUCCUAAA